AUGACCCCCCCCUUCCUCCGCGCGCUCUUCGCGCGCAACAAACGCAACUGGGCCAUCCUACGCGCCAACCCAACCGCAGAAAUAUCCGGUGCGCUGGGGGAUUUAGGCACACUGCUGCCGCUGAUGCUCCCCCUGGCGCUGCGGGGGUCGAUUGAUUUGCCGUCGACGCUGGUGUGGUCGGGGGUGUUUAAUGUUGUUACCGGGGUUGGGUUUGGGGUUCCGAUGCCGGUGCAGCCUAUGAAGGCCAUAGCAGCAACAGCCCUCUCCUCCCCCCCACACACCUUCCCCCCCUCCCAAACCUCCGCCGCCGGCGCCUACGUCGCCCUCGCCGUCCUCCUCCUCAGCACCACCGGCCUCCUCCGCACCCUCACCACCUACAUCCCAUCCCCCGUCAUCCGCGGCAUCCAACUCGGUGCCGGCCUCCGCCUCGUCUCCUCCGGAGGGCGUCUAGGGGGGUUCGGGUGGAUGGUGUUGGGUUUGAUGGAGAAUAGAGGGUUUGUGGUGUUGGCGAUGGCGGUGUUGUUUGUUAGGCAGCAGCGGCGGGGGCGGAGGGGGAGGGUUGUUGUGCCGUUUGCGUUGGGGUUGGUGGCUGUUUGGCUGAAUGAAAAAUCCUGGAAUAGAGGAGGUUUCUUUCGGCUGUGGCACCCGCGUCUGUCCAUCCCGGCCUUCGAUUCCAUGGAUGCCUUGUUCGCGGCCCUCGCUCAGCUGCCUCUCACCACCCUCAACUCGGUCAUCGCGGUGUCUGCGCUAUCAGCCGAUUUACUCCCCGACGUACCCCCACCCAGCGUAACAGCCCUCGGCCUCUCAGUAGCCGCGAUGAAUCUAGUCGGGUGCUGGUUCGGCGCGAUGCCGGUGUGUCAUGGAGCGGGCGGGUUAGCGGGGCAGCACCGGUUUGGGGCGCGCGGCGGGGCGUCGGUGGUAAUGCUGGGGGUGGUGAAAGUGGUGUUGGGGUUGUUGUUUGGCGGGGACCGGUUGGUGAGGUUCUUGCAGGAGUAUCCGAAGAGUGUGUUGGGGGUGAUGGUGAUUGCGGCCGGGUUGGAGUUGGCGAAGGCUGGGGCGGCGUUUGAUGAGCCUGUUGAUUCUUCUUCUUCUUCUGCCCGGGCGGAGCCGAUUGCGGUAACCACCGGGUUGUGGGAACGCAGUGUAUCUGGAGUUGCCGGUACAAGAAAGUAUGAAAGCAGGGGCAAGCGGGAGGAGAAUUGGAUGGUGAUGAUGGUUACCGUGGGCGGGACGCUGGCGUUUAAGAGUGAUGCGGUUGGGUUUCUGGCUGGGUGGGGGUGUUGUGCGUGUUAUCGGUUGGCGGACCGGAUGGAAAGCAGGAGGAGGCCGCCGGUGGGUGAAAGGAGGCCGUUGUCGCAUGGGAUUGGUGAGAGGAGGCCGUUGUUGCAUGGUGCAGUAUGA